AUGUUUACUCGUAUUUUUGGCAAAUCUAAACAAGAGACUAAUGCUCUCACCACUCUGGACAAAUUAAAUGAGACUCUUGAGAUGCUCGAGAAAAAAGAAAAUGUGCUUCAAAAGAAGGCUUCUGCGGAGGUUGAGAAGGCCAAGGAAUUUACAAAAGCUAAGAACAAGAGGUGUUUGAAGCGGAAAAGACUAUAUGAACAACAAAUUGAGCAGCUUGGCAAUUUCCAACUACGAAUCCACGAUCAGAUGAUACUGUUAGAAGGUGCAAAAGCUACAACUGAAACUGUGGAUGCUUUGAGAACUGGAGCAGCAGCAAUGAAAGCAAUGCAGAAGGCAACGAAUAUUGAUGAUGUGGACAAAACAAUGGACGAGAUAAAUGAACAAACAGAGAACAUGAAGCAGAUACAGGAAGCAUUGGCUACUCCCAUUGGCGCAGCAGCUGACUUUGAUGAGGAUGAAUUGGAGGCCGAGCUUGAAGAAUUGGAAGGUGCAGAAUUGGAAGAACAGCUUCUUCAGCCAGCCAUUGCAGCCCCUGCAGCUCCGGUGCAGGUACCAGCAGGCAGAGUACCUGGUAGCCCUAAACGCACCAAGGAGGAAGAAGAACUUGCUGCUUUGCAAGAAGAAAUGGCUCUUUAA